AAAUCUGAAAGACGGAAAAAAAGCCAUUCAAACAUCGUGUACAUUUAGUAGUCAUUUACUGGCAUCGCAUGAAGACGUUCAUAACCGAGUGUACUUUUUGUUUACAAAUUCGUAAUUUUCUAUCGUGAUUCCUAUACGGAAGAAUGAAUUUUGGCGUAUACGCAUUGACCAGAUUCCUAAGAAAGAAAACAAAAGCGAAGAAAUAAACGCAAGACGUAUCAUACAUACGAUCAAGAAGCAUUCCGUUGGCCAACUACGAAUAGAAAUUAUCGGAAUCAGUGCACUGUUUCCACACCAUUGUGAUUCAGAACAUGUAAAAUGAUUGUAAAUGGAGUAUCAAAUUUAUAAACCACACUUCGUGGUGCAUUAAUUUUGAUGGAUGAUAUUGCUAUGUGAGAAAAUGAUUUGAUAACGUACACCAACGAACAUACGACAAGGGAAAGAGUGAACAAAAAUUAGCAGUAAAAUGAGUGAAAUUUUUGGAGUUUGUGCAGUUGCAGCCGUCGUUGCGGUACCAACACUCUAUUUGGUACAGCGCUGGGCUCAGGGCGGUCAAUUCAAGAAGGAUGAUGUGCGUAUUGACGGAAAAGUGGUUGUCAUUACCGGAGCAAAUACUGGAAUUGGAAGAGAAACCGCUUUGGAUUUGGCCAAACGCGGGGGACGCGUGUACUUAGCUUGUCGUGACCUAACAAAGGCUGACACAGCGAGAAUGGAGAUCAUUCAUCAGUCGGGAAACAAAAGUGUGUUCACGAAGCAUCUAGACUUGACAUCAUUCGAAUCAAUUCGGAAAUUUGUCGAUGAAUUUAAAAAGUGCGAGUCGAAAUUGCAUAUUUUAAUCAAUAAUGCAGGAGUAAUGGCGAUCCCAAAUCGACAAACCACAAAAGAUGGUCUCGAAAUGCAAAUUGGAACCAAUCAUUUCGGUCAUUUUCUGCUCACAGUUCUGCUAUUGGACACAAUCAAGGCUAGUGCACCAGCACGUAUCAUCAAUGUUUCGAGUCUUGCACAUAAAUUCGGUAAAAUCCACCGUGAUGAUUUGCAAUUGGAAAAAUCGUACAGCAGAUGGGGUUCAUAUGGGCAAAGUAAACUGGCCAAUAUUCUUUUCACUCGUCAACUAGCUAAGCGUUUACAGGGAACAAAUGUGACGGUUAACGCAUUGCACCCGGGGGCAGUCGCUACGGAGCUAGGGCGUCAUUUAGGGAUAUUGCACUAUUUGGCGUUACCAAUGCAAUCUUUUGUGAAAACACCAAAAAGUGGCGCUCAAACUUCCAUUAUGUUGGCGGUUGAUCCAGACUUGGAUGAGGUGAGCGGCAAAUAUUUUGUCGACUGUGCUGUAGCUGCUGAAUCGAAGGAAGCUCAAUGCGACGAUACAGCCGAAUGGCUGUGGAAAACUAGCAAAGAAAUUACAAAACUAAAAGCAAACUAGAAAAAAAAUGCUCAAUCGUAUUGUAAUUUAAUGGAAUUAAAUUGACAAUUUAUUUUUUUAACAACAUUAUAUUCACUGAAAGCCAAACAUGAAAAAUUUCAUAUUCGUAGCAAUCGCAAUGUUUUUAUUUUUUUGGA